CUAGAGACAGAAAAAGGAUCUCAGCUAGUGGUGUAAGCAAGAUGGAAGCCAACCUCUCCAUCUCUGUGAAUGAAUACGAAGAGCUGCUCCAGGAGUCUGCUGGCUACAGUGUUCUGCAGAUCCUGUCGCUGGUGGUGCUUGGCAUCACCUUUGUCCUUGGCGUCCUGGGCAACGGGCUUGUGAUCUGGGUGGCUGGAUUCCGGAUGCCGCGCACCGUCACCACCUUAUGCUACCUGAACUUGGCCUUGGCUGACUUCUCUUUCACUGCCACUCUACCGUUUCUCAUCACCUCCAUGGCCAUGAGAGAACGGUGGCCCUUUGGCUGGUUCCUGUGCAAGGCAAUUCACAUUGUGGUGGACAUAAACCUGUUCGGAAGUGUCUUCCUCAUCGCUUUCAUUGCCCUGGACCGCUGUAUUUGUGUCCUGCAUCCAGUCUGGGCCCAGAACCACCGCACUGUGAGUCUGGCUACAAAACUCAUCAUUGUACCCUGGAUCUUUGCCCUAGUCCUUACCUUGCCAAUUUUCAUCUUCUUGACUACAGCAAAUGAUGGGAUGGGCAAUAUCUACUGUACUUUCAACUUUGCAAACUGGGGCAACAGUGCUGAGGAGAAGUUGAAGGUGGCCAUCACCAUGCUGACAGCCAGAGGGAUCAUCCGGUUUAUCAUUGGCUUCAGCAUGCCCAUGUCCACUGUUGCCAUCUGCUAUGGGCUCAUUGCUGCCAAGAUGCGCAGACAAGGCCUGAUUAAGUCCAGCCGUCCCUUACGGGUCCUUACUGCCGUGGUGGCUUCCUUCUUUCUCUGCUGGUUCCCCUUUCAAAUGGUUGCCCUUCUAAGCACCAUCUGGCUCAAAGAGAUACUGUUUGAGGGUAAGUACAAAAUCCUUGAUGUCUUGACUAAUCCCACGAGCUCCCUGGCCUUCUUCAACAGCUGCCUCAAUCCAAUGCUGUACGUCUUCGUGGGCCGAGACUUCCGUGAGAGACUGAUCCACUCCCUGCCUGCCAGUCUGGAGAGGGCCCUUAGUGAAGACUUAGUCCAGACCAGUGACACGACAAACAAACCCACUUUGUCUCAUGAAGAAACGGAGUUACAGGGGAUGUGAGGAGGCUGGGGGACAUUUUCGAGCUCGGAGGCCCUUACCCUGCUUCCAUCUCCAGCGCUCGUUUCCCAUCUCCAGGGACGGAAGGUGUCAGCUUUGGAUUUGGGGCCUCCCUCUCGUCCCUGGGGAAAGUGGAGAUUGUAAAAGGUUUCAAGGGAGGAGAACAGAAAGUACCGGAAAAUUGGUAAAGCUUAGAUGAGAGAGUAUAAGGGGAAAACUUUCAUUGUUUUAUCAUUAAGAUGUUUGCUGUAAGUUUUAAGUUGUUUCUAAUGAGAUUACAGAAAUUUCUUUGUAUUGAUAGUUUACUGAGCGUUUUCUUCUUUUAAAAAUCAUGAAUGGCUACAGGAUUAUAUCAAAUGCAUUUUAUGCCUAUAUUAAGAUAUUAUUUUUAUCCUUUUAUUUACAUCAUACAUUACAUUGAUUAAUUUUUGCACAUGAAACUACCCUUGCAUUCCCAGAAUAAACCAGGAUUGGUCAUGAUGUACUUUGUCUAAUUAUAAUUUAUGUCACUGGAUUUGUUUAUAACAUUUGCAUUUAUGUUUAUGGAAAGAUGGGUCUGUUAUUUGACUUUCUGCUAAUGUCCUUGUCAGCUUUUACCCCAAACCUCUAAUGGCCAUCUACACACACCUGAGAAGUGAUUCCUCUGAUUGUAUUCUUUUGUAAAUGUUCAGAAAUUCACCAGCAAAGCCAGUUAACCCUGGGUUUUCUUUCUGGGAAGGCUUUAAAUGAGUUCGAUUUCUUUCAUAGUUAUGGGACUAUUCAGAUUUCCUAUUUCCUUUUCUUUCAAUUUUGGUAAACUGUGACCUUUAAUGAAUGUAGCCAUUUCAUCCAGACUGUCAGAUCUAUAACUGUCCGGAGUACUUGGUACGCUUUCCUUCACAUAAUGAGGAUGUAAGCCGUCUGAGGGCAGGGAUUUUGGUCCAUAUUGUUCACUGAUGGAUCCCCAUACCCUAUGUGUAAAGCCCUGCCUACCAUGUGACAGACAGACACUGAAUACACAUUGAAUUAAUGAAUCAAUAAACAAUGGUACCGUCCAGAUGUCAAGUGA